UCUAUCUACACGUCAGCGGAUCUCUCAUCUCCCAGGUUACCAAACUGUGAAAGGAAAAAAUUAAAGCAGUACGAAACAAUUAAAGGGAAUUCAGCUGAAAGAGUGGUGUAUUAGUAUUUAUAGCUCGAAAAUGAAGAAUAAUUUGAACUCCGUCGCCGGCGCCGCCAUUACCACCGACGUCCCUUUACUCAGAUCGCGCGAUGAAGAAGAAGGAGGAAGUGGAUCAGGACGUAAUCAUGGGAGAUCGAGAGAAGGUCGACCGAAACAGCCGUGGAAGGGAGAGUUCGUGAAGAGCGUUGUGUACGCCGGCCUCGACGCCAUCGUCACCUGUUUCUCCCUCAUAUCCUCCAUCUCCGCCGGCCACCUCUCCUCCGUGGACGUGCUGGUGCUGGGUUUUGCAAAUCUGGUGGCGGAUGGGAUCUCGAUGGGGUUCGGAGAUUUUGUGUCGAGCAGCACGGAGAAGGACGUGGCGGCCAAGGAGAGGGCUGUGACGGAGUGGGACGUCAUCUACGAAGGCCGGUCGCAACGGGACGAAUUACUUCGCCGGUAUCAAGCCCUUGGCAUGGACGCCGACGAUGCCACCGCGGUGGUGAAUAUAUUUGCAAAGUACAAGGACAGACUGGUGGAGGAGAAGAUGGUGGCGGAGAAAGGGAUGGUGCCGCCGGACGAAGCAGAGAAGCCAUGGAAAAACGGCGUCGUAACGUUGGGGGCGUUCCUUGUGUUUGGGAGUGCGCCUCUGCUGUCAUUCAUUGUGUUGAUUCCUUUCACUCACAGCGACAAGGUGAAGUUCGUGGGGGCGUGCGUGAUGUCGGCGCUGGCCCUGGCGCUUCUGGGGAUAGCCAAAGCAAAGAUCGCCGGUCAGAAUUACGUGUUGUCGGCGGCGGUUACCCUCUUCAAUGGUGCGGUUGCUGCCGCCGCUGCCUAUGCCAUUGGCUGGACGCUUAGGAAUGUGGCUGGCCUACAGGACUAAACAACUUAUCAAGAAAAAAAAAAUUAAAUUAAGAAAAAUGAUUUUCAUACCUUUGAUUGUGGGGAAUCAAUCUAUCUUCACUUCCUAGCUAACUCGCGUUGGUGGUUGAAUUUUGAAAUCAACAUUUAUUCAUCAAUGUUUUGUUUCUCAUGCUAAAAAAUUAUAAUAAAGAUGGAAUUAUAUA